AUGGCGGCCUCACCCAGCCCACACGGCUCUGUUCAGAGCCACCAACUGUUCCACAAGGGAGCCGAACACCUGCCGGCGCAUGGCAGAAGUCGCCCAGCCGCACCCGCAGCCGCUCCGGUCGCUCCGGCUAAAGCACCGAAGAAGAAAUCCACCAAGCCCAGCAAGAAGACCGGUCCCAGCACCAAAGCCAUCCUGAAGGCCGUGUCCGCCUCCCAGGACCGGAAAGGUAUGUCUUACGUCGGCCAGAAAGCGCUGGCUGCCGGUGGCUACGACUGGAACGCAAGGGAGUCCACGUCAGACGCUCCCGUCAAGAGUCUGCUGACGGCCGCAGUGGUGCAGACCUCGGGGUCAGGCGUGUCCGGAUCCUUCAAGGCUGCCAAGGUGGAGAAGAUCAAGAAGGCAGCCAAGAAAUCCGCCGUCAAAGCCACCAGUCACCAGCAAGAAGGCCACCGUCAAGAAGCCCAAAGUCAAGACCACACCCAAGACCAAAGCUGCUACACCAAAGAAGAAGCAGUCCGUCAAGAAGGUGACAAAGAGCCCGCCAAGAGGCGCGCCCCAAGAAGGCUGCUGCUGCUGCCCCCAAGAAGGCUGCGCUGCCCCCAGAAGGCUGCUGCUGCUGCCCCAAGAAAAGUGCAAAAGGCGUGA